GGAAAGGGAGGGUUAGGGUUAGGGUUGUUGGGCAUACCAGAACGGGAGGGGAGUAGAAAGAGCCACUUAACCACAGCACUAGAACAACCUGAUGAGCACUGGACUUGGGAACAACGUUUCUCUCUUAAAACCCUAUUCAGGUUGAGGAGGCCAAGAGAGGAAGAAAGAGCAAAAGAAAGCGAAGAGAAAGAGGGAGAGAUAUAACGAAGGCAAGCUGACCGGCUAGACUCUCUGAAAGCCAGAGAGACACCAGUCACCAGAGGUGCUCGCCCCAAAAACAAAAAGGAAAAGUGGAAAAACAAAGGCAGAGGAAAAGAAAGAGAAGCCCUGGCUGUGUCUCUGUGAGGGUGAGCGUCUUGGCUGUGUCUCUGUGAGGGGUUUCUCUGUGGAAUGCCCGUGUCAUGAUACCGUCGCUGAGUCUCACCCUGCGUCCAGGUGACCAGGGAGGGCGUGUCGAGUCGUCAGCCAAUCACAGCAGGUGCUUUAGGAGAGUCAGUUCCUGUUUAUGUUCAUCAGUACUUCCUAUCAGAACCCUCCCGCCUCACUGACGUCCUGCCCCCUCGGUGGUAGGUAGGUAGUUCCUGUAUCCAUCUCUUCCAUCACUUCCUCUUCCUCCUGAAGCCCCGCCCCUUACUGUCUGGCUGUGUGAGGAUGUGGUGCUAGCUGGCACUGUUCGUAACUAUGGUGAUAGUCAGGUAACCGUGGUAGGAGGAGUCUGUGGGCACAGCUUCCUGAUGUUGUGCCAGGUGCUGACGGGACAGGAGGGCACCAUCGAACGGACGUGCACAGAGGUGCUGUGCAACUCUGCUUCCUAGUUUACACUGAUGACAUCACAACAGGAAGUAUAGGACCUAUCUUACUGUAGAACGUCAAUCUCCGCCUCCUUGCACUUUCUAGAACUUCCUGUUGCUGCUACUUGACUUCCUGUUGCACAAAGUCUCUCAGACACUUUAAGGCUCUGACCUCUAACCUCAGAACCCAAGCAGCCAUGAGGCACAUUCACGUAGAACUGACACGCGGCAGCAAGGAGGAGCUGGCUCCUGUGGAGCUUCCAUCCCAGGAUGGGGACGUGCCUCUUCCCGCGGCCCCCUCACAGGUCCCCGACCUUGAGGUGAUGCGACCAGGGGUGGUGGUUCCCAAGCCCUUUGGUCAUGAGCAGCUGCGUCUCCAGAAGGUCUACCAGCUCUCCAUCUUCUCCCAGCUGGGGGGGUUCUCAGCCUCCGAGCUCCCCAGAACCAGUGAGGCCCAGCCGGGGCAGUUCCAGCCGGGUCAGGUCCAGCGGACUGACAGGGUGGGGGUCAAGAGGGGACAGGGUGGGGGUCAAGAGGAGUCCCAUCUAACCCACAAAUGGCCCCACCUGGCUGGGGACGUAGACAGGGAAAGGGAUGGAGGAGUGCUGUCAGGGUCAGGACCUGGGGUAGGGGUGGAUAUCGGAAUGGGGGUUGGAAUGGGGUUAGGGAUGGGGUUAGGGGUAGGGCAGAGGCCUGUAUCCUCCUGCAUCAUGGUGGAUCACAGAGACUCAGAUGGGGGCCUGUCGCCUAGAUCCCCCCCACCUGCCCCCCUCUCUCCGGGCCACACCCCCGCCAGACGCCCUGCCCAGCACAAUCACGACAGGCCCGUCCCGGACCUAUGGGCCCCGCUUUCGCCCAAACCAUCCCCCAUGGUCGAGCCCCACAGCCCCCCUGGCUCCCGCAGCCCCUUACCCAGCACAGAGCCUCGUCCUGGGGGCGACGCGCCAGCCUGCUCCUUGGGCAAUCCCGGAGGGUCUGGGGAGGGCUGCAGUAGUGGCUCCUCAUUGGGACAGCAUCAGCCCAACUGCUGCACUGACGGCCCCCGUGGGGCCCUUGGGGCAUUCGACACCCUUAGUCCUCCUGGAGGACCUCCAGGCUCCCUCUCUCACCGCUUCCCUCCCACCACAGACCCCCAGGAGCCUGGGGAGGGUAGGGAGUGGGGGGCCAAGCUGGAGUCCUCACCGCCCCAUCCCAGUGCCACCGCCUUCAACUCCACCAACGGCCUGAGCUCCGUGGAGAAGACCCCCAGCACCAGCGGCCUGAGCUCCGUGGAGAAGACCCCCAGCACCAGCGGCCUGAGCUCCGUGGAGAAGACCCCCAGCACCAGCGGCCUCCGUGGGAUCUCUUCGGGUCCCUGCCCGGCCAAGAAGAAACUGCUAUCAUCCAGCGACACGGGAGAGUCGUGUUCGGAGGACGAGGGCCCCUCCACCUCUAAGAGGAGCCGUCUGGCCCUGCUGGCCCCGGGGUUAGGGCUGGCCUCCUGCAGGGGCACCGAUGCCAAGGCUGCCCCCUUCUGGAAUCAUCUGCUGCCCAACGCACAGGGCCCGGACCACACCAAGAGUUUAUCAGAAUGCAGAGGAGCCAGCAGGAGGCUGAAAAGUGGGAUGCGCCUGAAAAGUCGACAGCUAUGUAGUGGGCGGCGUACAGACACCUUGGCUCGCACUGCUCGGUCAGGCUGGCCCUCUUCUUCCAUCAGCCGUUCACUACUGGGUAACUUUGAGGAGUCGAUCCUGAAGGGUCGUUUCUCUCCGUCGGGUCGUAUCGAGGGCUUCACAGCAGAGAUCGGUGCCAGCGGAUCCUACUGCCCUCAACACGCCACUCUGCCUGUACACGUCACUUACUACGACAUCUCAGAGCACAGCGCACCCUCGCCCUUCCUGGGGGUUAUCUCCUUGGAGCCUUUAGGAAAGAAGGGAUACAGCGUACCCAAAGCAGGGACCAUCCAAGUGACCUUAUUCAACCCCAAUAAAACUGUGGUGAAGAUGUUCCUCGUGACCUAUAACUUUGGGGACAUGCCCGUCAAUCACAUGACCUUCCUGCGUCACCGCAUCUUCCUGGUUCCCGUUGAGGAGGCGGGGCCAGAGGCGAAGGGGGAUGGGCCUCCAGAGCCCAGGGCCACGCCCACAGAGAGGAGGAAGAUUCUCUGCUACCUGAUACACCUCAGGUUCCAGAGCUCUAAAUCUGGGAAGAUCUACUUGCACAACGAUAUCCGGCUGCUAUUCUCCCGCAAGUCCAUCGAGGUGGACACGGGGAUCCCUUACGAGCUCAAAUCUUUCACAGAGGUGCCAAAAAACCCAAAAUACUCCCCCCGCGUGUGAGCCUAUGAUGAACCCGCGACCCCUGACCCCAUCACCAACGCAGCCCAUUCCUGGAACUGGGCACAGAGAGAUAAACAGACAGACAUGGACAAGAAAACUUGAAAAGAUUAUUAAUUCAAACACACAUAUAUAUACUGAGUAUACAAAACAUUAAGGACACCUUCCUAAUAUUGAGUUGCACUCCCCCUUUUGCCCUCAGAACAGCCUCAAUUCAUCA